AUAGUUCACCCAUUCAGUUCAAGGAAUGGACAGAUCUUUCCCCGAUCUUUCCCUGUGUCAGAGUCGAACCGUGGUGAUCCUUCCUUUUCUCUCGACCUUUUCUGGAGAAAUUCCUUGUGCGCCAUUCCUUCUUUUCAGCCCACAGACAGCGCAACAUAAAUCGCAAACAAUACGACGAUUGGAGGUCAUCUUGGAGAUUUGAGAGAUGAGGGCCAUUGGGAAAGUGUCCUUUCAAUUGAAGGCGCUCAGCAUAUUCCCAAGUAAAUUGAAAUGUCAGAUCCGUGGACAUAGGGUAUCUCGUCCUCAAAACUUUACUGGCUAUGAGAGUAUCAACCAACAAUACAGCCCCCAGAUACCUGAGUACUUCAACUUUGCAAAAGAUGUGCUUGAUGUGUGGGCAGAGAAAGAAAAGAAAGGAGAGAAAGCAUCUAACCCUGCCUUCUGGUGGGUGAAUGACAGAAAGCAGGAGGUGAGGUGGAGUUUUGAGGAGCUGGGCUUCCAUUCCAGAAGACUGGCCAACGUUCUGUCAGGUGCCUGUGGUCUCAACCAGCAGGACAGGGUGUUUCUGGUACUACCCAGGGUUCCAGAGUGGUGGCUCGUCAAUGUGGCCUGUCUCAGAACAGGAACAGUGCUGCUGCCAGGCACCUCUCAGCUGACAGCCAGGGACAUCCUCCACCGGCUGCAGACCUCCGGCGCCCGCUGUGUCAUCACAGACGAGUCCCUGGCCCCCCUGCUCGAUGCCGUGGCCUCUCAGUGUUCCAGCCUGCAGCAUAAAAUACUGGUGUCCCCCACCAAGAGAGAGGGCUGGAAGAACUUUGGAGAUCUGGUGAGGAAUGCGUCCAGCGACCAUGAGUGUGUGGAGACUCGCAGUGAUGACCCUAUGACCAUCUUCUUCACCAGUGGGACCACAGGGUCACCUAAGAUGACCCAACACAGCCACAGCAGCUAUGGGAUAGGCCUUACUGUCAACGGAAGGUACUGGUUGGACCUGACAGAGAGGGAUGUCCUGUGGAACACAUCCGAUACAGGCUGGGCCAAGUCUGCCUGGAGCAGUGUCUUUGCCCCCUGGAUCCAGGGAGCCUGUGUCUUCAUCCACCAUAUGCCCCGCUUUGACAGUCACACUGUACUAGAGACUCUCUCCAGCUACCCCAUAUCCACAUUCUGCACGGCUCCAACUGCUUAUCGAAUGCUAGUGCAAGAGGACAUGUCCAGUUAUAAUUUCAGCAACUUGCAGCAUUGUUUGUGUGCUGGUGAGCCCAUCAACCCAGAGGUGAUGGGGAAGUGGAGGGAUGCCACUGGACUGGACAUCUACGAAGGAUAUGGACAAACUGAAACUGUACUGAUAGCUGGUACUUUUAAGGGCAUGAAGAUCAAAGCCGGGGCUUUUGGGAAGGCUUCACCAGCGUAUGAUGUGCAGGUGGUAGAUGAAGCCGGUAAUGUCUUGCCCAGAGGAGUGGAGGGGAACCUUGGUAUCAGAGUGAAACCACACAAGCCUUUUUCCCUCUUUACUGAAUACACGGGUGACCCUGAGCGAACAGCAGAGUGCUACGUUGGGGACUUCUACCUGACUGGGGACAGGGGCGUCAUGGAUGAGGACGACUACUUGUGGUUCGUGGGUCGAGCUGAUGACGUCAUCCUCUCAGCUGGGUACCGUAUUGGUCCAUUUGAGGUGGAGAACGCUUUGAUUGAACACCAGGCUGUGGCUGAGUCAGCCGUGGUCAGCAGCCCUGACCCUAUCAGAGGAGAGGUUGUGAAGGCGUUUGUUGUUCUAACAGCAGAGUACAAAUCUCAAGAUCAAGAUCAACUUAAGAAAGAGUUACAGACAUAUGUGAAGAAAGUUACUGCACCGUACAAGUAUCCACGCAAGACAGGAGUACCGGCCGUGGACGGGGGCAAGACCAGCCAAGACCACUAGGAAACAACGCCCCCCUGCCCCGUACGCCAGCCCCCGGUCGGGGGUUUCCCACCUCCCCAAUGAGACCAGCUACCAGGCCGCCUACAGCGGAGCCGGGGAGGCUUUCAGACACACAGAGCUUCAUCAGAGGGACCAUAAUACCACCACCUCCUCCGCCGGGCUGCUGACCACCACCUCCAUCUCCACUGUCCCCCAGACCACUGUAACCCUGCUCCAGCCCUCCUCCACCACUACCACCCCUAUCACCACCACCGGCCUCCAGCAGAGCAGCCUGCCAGAGAGACCCAACCUCAGUAUAGGGACCAUGGGAGAGGAGCAGUUGGUGAGGACUAAGCUCUCUCCCAACCCCUCUGCGGUGUUUCAAAGCAGAUCCAGGAUCUUCAACAUAUGACAGACUCUCCAGACUAUUCUACUGGUUACCAGGAGACAAAAGAACCAAUGAGGGGAAUGUUCUCUGUCCAUUCCACACUACAACAAAAUCUAUGCAGGGAAUGUACAGCUUAAUGUAACCAGAAAGGAAAAGUAUAUACAGCUUACCAGGCCAGUAUAGUAAGUCAGAGACAAGUGAAUGACAAACCAGAUGUCACAAAACAAGAUAAAUCAUUUUACAAUCCUGUUCUAUUGCUAUGAAAAUGGAAAAUGCAUGUAACAAGCUAGUUUGAAAUCGAGCUUCUUUUGCAGUGUUAGACACUCCAAGACAACAUGGCUGCUCUGUAUUGUGUGUUUGUCUGUACUGUCUGUAUAUGUCUAUGUACCUGUUGAGAUGGAAUGAUUUGUGUUAAAUCCUUUUCUGUACAUACUGUUGGAUCUAUUGAAAUGACAGGGUGACGACUUGUUGUGAAAUUUAUGCUCAAACUGUACUUUGUCCAGAAAGUAAGGUGUUCCUUUGCUCUCUGCAAGUAUUUUAUGAACGGAAACAAAACAUAUAUUUAUUUCAUUUAUUUUCAAUUAGGUAACUAUUUUGAGAAAGUAAUUGUUCCGGUGUUUACGUUCAUUUUGUAAAUCUGUUGUUUAAGAAAAGUCAAAAAAUAGUUAAAUAUUAAAUGAUGUACAGUAUAUUACAAUAAAAGAAUAUCAGGUUCUUAACUCCAUCAGGUUCUUAACUCCAUCAGGUUCUUA